AUGGCCGAAGGCGAGGGAAUCGGGUCGGCGUGGAAGAUUAUUCCGUCGCUUAGCUCGCGAAAUAUUGCUGCCACAGUCGAAUUCUAUACGAGCGAGCUGGGGUUCACCUUGGGCGGAACAAAGUCCGUGAACGAUGACGACUCUCAGCUCUACUUUUGCUCCCUCUACGCAGGAAAGAAGGCUACUGCCAACAUCUACUUCUUUCUGCGCGAUGAUAGCGAGUUCCAUCUUGGCGGAGUAAUGAUCGCCUUGGGCACGGCAGGUCUGGACCACUUCCACGACCUCUUGAUCGCUAGGGGCAAUGUCAAAGUUGUCGAAGCUAUCCGCGACACGCCUUGGGGUUACCGUCAGUUCACAAUCAAGGAUAAUGAUGGCAAUCGUCUGACGUUCUUCAAAUACUUGGAGGGGGGAAACCCAGGAACCAACUGA